CCGGCGCCGCGGGGGCGGCCGCCGCGGGGCCCCGCCUGCGGGCGGUGCGGUGGGCAGCGCCGGCCCCGCUCCCGCUGCCGGCCGCCUCCCGGAGCUUGUCGGGCUGAUCUGCGCCGCGCCUGAGGCACCGAGAUGGCUGUUCUUUCAAAGGAGUAUGGCUACGUCAUCCUGACGGGUGCUGCCAGCUUCGUCUUGGUCACGCACCUCGCGGUGAAAGUGGCCAAAGCCCGCAAGAAGUACAAUGUGGAGUAUCCAACCAUGUACAGCACAGACCCUGAACAUGGGCGUAUAUUCAACUGCAUCCAGCGUGCACACCAGAACACAUUGGAAGUUUAUCCCGCCUUCCUGUUCUUUUUAGCCACUGGUGGAGUCUACCACCCGCGGAUUGCCACAGGGCUUGGCCUCACCUGGAUCCUUGGGAGAAUCCUUUAUGCCCAUGGCUACUACACAGGAGAUCCAAAAAACCGAAGGAGAGGGGCCAUUGGUUCAGUUGCACUCAUUGGGCUAGUGGGCACAGGCGUGUAUUCAGCUUGCCAGCACCUCGGCUGGAUCUGCCAGGACUAACUGACCAUCAUGAUGGCUGCCUGGGAAACUAAAGGCAUUUUUGUUUUCUUUUAGAACAUUUCCUGGUUGUUUUCCUUUUCUCCUCAUUCAAUAAAAUGAAGUUGUCAAUUCUA